GAAGUUUGGGAGUGAGGAGGCAGAUGGGUUCAGUGUGUGAACUGGCCGUCUGACAACAAGUGGUUUUUCGCGAAGGACAGCACUGAGGAGACGCAGCUGCUCCACUUGUAGCCUAUUUGCUGAAUUUUCAACAGGCCUCUCGAGUGUAGCAUCAAAGUAAUGACUGCCACAACAGACUUAUAAUUUGAGAAAGAAAGGGGGAAGCUGCUGUGUUCUGUCUCCAGGUGCUUCCAGUUGGCUAAUCAGGCUGCCUCAUUUGGAGCACCGGGUUGAACCUGAGGCCACAAGUCGCCAGGUGGACGGCGACAGAAGCUGGUUCACUGUUUAAACUGUUUUCUAACUCCUCUGAACUUUCCUUCAUCCGUUCAACAUGUACAGCAUGAUGGAACACGAGCUGAAGCCGACCGGCCAGCCCCCUUCGCAUCAUGCCUCCCAGGGAAUGUCACCGAUAACCGGCAGCAUGACCGGGACUAUUGGCAGCAAUGGAAACUCUCACCCGAACUCCAAAACGUCUUGUUCACCCGGGAGUGACCCCAUGGAUAAAGUCAAGCGACCCAUGAACGCCUUCAUGGUCUGGUCAAGGGGUCAGAGGCGCAAGAUGGCUCAGGAGAACCCAAAAAUGCACAACUCUGAGAUCAGCAAGCGGCUGGGAGCUGAGUGGAAGCUGCUGACCGACGUGGAGAAGCGGCCUUUCAUCGACGAGGCCAAGCGGCUCCGAGCGGUCCACAUGAAGGAGUACCCCGAUUACAAGUACAAGCCACGCCGCAAGACGAAGCCCCUGCUGAAGAAGGACGCUCAGGUGGGGAAGUAUCCGCUGUCAGCCGGGAACCUGCUGGCGGCAGCAGCGCAGGGUCAGGCCGGUAGUCCGAGGAUGGAGAGCUACGGCUGGGGCCCCAGUGGAGGGUACGCCGGCAUGCAGGGCGAGGCGCUCGGCUACACGCAGCAGCUGCACCGCUACGACCUGUCAGCGCUCCAGUACCCGCCGGCAAUGUCCGCAGCACAGACCUACAUGAACGGAGGCAACUCAUACAGCCCGAUGUCAUACAGCAGCAGUCCACAGCAGCCCAGCUCCGUCACCAUGUCCAUGGUGAAAGCAGAACCAGUAUCCCACUCGCCUCCAACGGGGACACCAAACCACCACCGCGGAGCUUUGCAGGGUGACCUCAGGGACAUGAUCAGCAUGUACAUUCCCGGACCAGGAGGAGAUGCCACGGACCCAUCGACAGCACAGAGAGGCUAUACCAGCGUCCAGCAGCACUACCUCACUGGGACUGUUCCACUCACACACAUCUAGAACUGAAGUGGAAAUCAUGGGGGUUGAAGACAAACAAAACAAGAGCACCAGAACCUGUGUUCAUGAUGCACAGCUGGCUGGACAGGAGUUGGAGCCAGAGGUGGAGUACUUUAGAUGGAAAAAAAAACCCACUAGAUAUGAAGGAAAAACGCAUUUCCCCUUGUACUCUGUCAUCUUGCAUUUUCAGAUUUUUUUCCCCCACAGUUACAGACAGAUGCUUAUCAGAUGUUUUUUUUCUAUCAUUGAAAAGAUGUCUUUCUACCUCUUUGGUGCCACACAUUUACCACCAAACAUAUAGAGCUGAGACUCCUCCCUGCCUACCACCCUUCUCUCCCUCAAGGACUCCAGUGAAGAGAGGGGCAGUGUCUGUUUAUUGUGUACAUAUUAGGAGAUGUUUUUUUUGUUUGUUUUUUUUAGAACCUAAACAUAAUAAGUCAGAAGACCUCUUAAUAAUACCAUGCUAAACACUUGUGACACUGGCACUCAUAUCGGUUCCACAAAGUGCUGGGUGGACUGGUCCAGUUUGAGUUUUGUCUUCCACUGACCAUGGAACCAACCCUGCUAUCAGAGACACAGACAACCAGGCAACUUGGCAAACGAACCACAACCUCUCAGCUGCUGACGGCUAAAUCAGAUGAGCUAAAGUGUCGGUUAUUUGUUGUUGCUGUUCUGACAUGUGAGCAGAGUUGGUGCCAGCGGAGAAAAUGUGAAGGAAAUGCACAACUUGAAUAACAGAACUGUUGAAAUAUACUCUGUGCCUUGGCUUUAGUGUAGUACUUUUGUAUUUUUAGAUUUUAUUUUAUUUUUUUUACUGUUGAAAUCCUGUUGGAUGACAUGGAAAACACUUGUUGGACAAUCAGCACUGUAUCCACAGGAACUGAAAAGAACAUAUUGGCUUCAUAUUUGCUGUUGCUUAGAAUGUAGAACUGGCUUGGUUCUGCACGCAGUACGGAUUACUACUGUCACACCAAAUCACUGUGUUACAUUUUUUUGGUUCUGAGAAGAUGUGCAACGCUGUUUUUGGUUCCCCAAGAAGUAAAAUUUGCCCUAAUUAGCUUUAGAUCUCAUCUAAAAAUGUUUGGAUGCAGUGCUCUGGUAGCAUCCUGAGCUGCAUUGUGUAUCUGUUGUCACUUUGCUCUAGGCUUUUCAUUAAGUGAAUGAAAUUUAUUAUGAAAUGCUACACUCCAGUUGUUUACAUCCAAAAAUAGCACAUUGAGACUUUCAAGUUUUAGUUUCCUCCAAGUACACUGGAUUUACAAAAGACCUUCCAAGCAGGUUUUUUUUUUUUUAAUGAACUGUCAGUUGUUUGUGUUUUUAUCACCAGUAAAGGGAAUGUCUGUUUCAGUAAGCCUUCCCUCAUGUUUUUGAACUUUUCCAAUAAUGUAACCUGUAGAUAGUUCUGUAGUUUUAAAAUACAAAGGGAUGUUUAUAAUUCCACUUCGCUCCAGCUGACAGUACUGUUAUUGGCUAUUUCUGCCUUGCCUGCUAACUGGUUACUAGUGCUGCUAUAGACAGAAAGUGAACUUUUAGGCUAUGUAAACUGAAUAUUGAAUUAGAAAGAUUGAGCCAGAUUUUCGGUUUAAAGCAUUCUACUGCUAAUUAAACAUGCACUGGAAACUGAUGCCUGACUUAUUAUUUUUAAAGGUGAGCAGAAUUCUUACAGUAAUGUGUGAAUGUUUACAUUGCUACCCAAGUUUGUGGAAAUGGUACUUUUAUCCUGAGUCAUUUUUAGAAAAAAUUUUCUUGUAUGUAAAUGCUGCCAUGUAGAGUUACUGUAAGUAGCAUUCACGUAAAUGAUGUAUAUAUUUUUUGGCUCUUAUACUAAGAGUCUUGAUUCUUUUCUUUGAUUAAUUUUUUUGAUAUGGCAUUUAUGACAAUAUUAAUAAAGUACAAAUUCUUUUUCAUUAAUGAA